AUGGUGCUGCCGAUGGCACGGGCCUGCGUGCCAGACGGUGUGUCGUGGGCCUGGGCAGGAGUGUGGGCGCUGCAGGCCCAGCCCACACCCAAGCCCUCAGUCGUGCGGCCCCAGGCUCCCAAGCUGCGGGAGCGUCUGAGCCCUGCUCCCCAGCGGCUGAGGAUCACGGCGGCCCACCUGAGCCUCUCAUUCCCCCGCAGAGCACAGGGACCUCCCGCAGCCCUGGUAAACAAUGAGAACGUGGUCAAAGUCGGCCACAGGCAGGUGGUCAACAUGAUCCGCCAGGGAGGGAAUCACCUCGUCCUUAAGGUGGUCACGGUGACCAGGAACCUGGACCCGGACGACACUGCCAGGAAGAAAGCACCCCCGCCUCCCAAGCGAGCGCCCACCACGGCCCUCACCCUGCGCUCCAAGUCCAUGACCUCGGAGCUGGAGGAGCUCGUGGAGAAAGCCUCGGUCCGGAAGAAGAAGGAUAAACCCGAGGAGAUAGUCCCGGCCUCCAAGCCCUCCCGUGCUGCUGAGAACAUGGCUGUGGAGUCGAGGGUGGCCACCAUCAAGCAGCGGCCCACCAGCCGGUGCUUCCCGACCAUCUCGGACGUGAACUCCGUGUACGAACGCCAAGGGAUCGCCGUGAUGACGCCCACUGUUCCCGGGAGCCCAAAAGGCCCGUUUCUGGGCAUCCCUCGAGGUACGAUGCGAAGGCAGAAAUCCAUAGACAGCAGAAUCUUUCUAUCAGGAAUCACGGAGGAAGAGCGACAAUUCCUGGCUCCUCCGAUGCUCAAGUUCACGAGAAGCCUGUCCAUGCCGGACACCUCCGAGGACAUCCCCCCUCCGCCGCAGUCUGUGCCCCCGUCCCCUCCGCCGCCUUCCCCCACCACCUACAACUGCCCCAAGUCCCCGACUCCAAGAGUCUACGGGACAAUCAAGCCCGCAUUCAACCAGAAUCCCGCCGCCAAGGUGUCCCCGGCCACUCGCUCUGACACGGUGGCCACCAUGAUGCGGGAGAAGGGCAUGUACUACAGGCGAGAGCUGGACCGCUACUCCCUGGACUCCGAGGACCUCUACAGCCGGAGCGCCGCCCCCCCGGCCGGCUUCCGCGCCAAGAGGGGCCAGAUGCCCGAAAACCCCUACUCCGAGGUGGGCAAGAUCGCCAGCAAGGCCGUCUACGUGCCCGCCAAGCCCGCGCGGCGGAAGGGAAUGCUGGUGAAGCAGUCCAACGUGGAGGACAGCCCCGAGAAGACGUGCUCCAUCCCCAUCCCCACCAUCAUCGUCAAGGAGCCGUCCACCAGCAGCAGCGGCAAGAGCAGCCAGGGCAGCAGCAUGGAGAUCGACCCCCAGGCCCCAGAGCCGCCGGGCCAGCUGCGGCCGGACGACAGCCUGGGCGUCAGCAGCCCCUUCGCUGCCGCCAUCGCCGGGGCCGUGCGCGACCGCGAGAAGCGGCUCGAAGCCCGGAGGAACUCCCCGGCCUUCCUCUCCACAGACCUGGGGGACGAGGACGUGGGCCUGGGGCCGCCCGCGCCCAGGAUGCGGCCCUCGACGUUCCCCGAGGAGGGGGGCUUUGGCGACGAGGACGGCGCCGAGCAGCUGUCAUCCCCCAUGCCAGGUGCAGUGCCCAGGGAGCCCGAGAACCACUUCCUGGGAGGUGGCGAGGCUGGUGCUCAGGGGGAGGCCGGGAGGCCCCUGAAUUCCACGUCCAAAGCCAAGGGGCCCGAGAGCAGCCCGGUGGCGCCCCCCAAGAGCAGCCACGCAGGCGGCCCCGAGAACUACGUCCACCCGCUCACAGGGAGGCUGCUCGACCCCAGCUCCCCGCUGGCCCUGGCGCUGUCUGCGCGGGACCGAGCCAUGAAGGAGUCCCAGCAGGGCCCCAAGGGGGAGGCCCCCAAGGCCGACCUCAACAAACCUCUUUACAUUGAUACCAAAAUGCGGCCCAGCGUGGAAGCAGGCUUCCCUCCGGUCGCCAGGCAGAACACCCGCGGGCCUCUGAGGCGGCAGGAGACGGAGAACAAGUACGAGACCGACCGGAAAGGCGACGACAAGAAGAACAUGCUGAUCAACAUCGUGGACACGUCACAGCAGAAGUCGGCCGGCCUGCUGAUGGUCCACACGGUGGACGCCGCCAAGCUGGACGACUCCCUGCAGGAAGAGGACGAGAGGGCCGACGUGGACAUGAAGCCGGACAGCUCGCCGUCCGCGGUGCCAGAAGGUGUUCCCGAAACCGAAGGUGCUUUACAGAUCGCCGCCGCCCCCGAGCCCGCCGCCACGCCCGGCAGAACCAUCGUGACGGUGGGCUCCCUGGAAGAGGCGGUGAUUUUGCCAUUCCGCAUCCCUCCUCCCCCUCUGGCAUCCGUGGACUUGGAUGAGGAUUUCAUUUUUACAGAGCCAUUGCCUCCUCCCCUGGAAUUUGCAAACAGUUUUGAUAUCCCCGACGACCGCGCAGCCUCUGUCCCGACUCUCACAGACUUGGUCAAGCAGAAGAAAAACGACACCCCUCCGUCCCCUGCGCUGGACUCCAGCCAACCAACCAACUCUGCAGACAGCAAGAAGCCAGCCGGUCUUGCCAACUGCCUGCCUGCCUCGUUCCUGCCGCCCCCCGAAAGCUUCGAUGCCGUCGCUGACUCUGGGAUCGAGGAGGUGGACAGCCGCAGCAGCAGCGAGCACCAUCUCGAGACGACCAGCACGAUCUCCACAGUGUCCAGCAUCUCCACCCUGUCUUCCGAGGGCGGGGACAACGUGGACACCUGCACAGUCUAUGCAGACGGGCAAGCGCUGAUGGUUGACAAGCCCCCGGUACCUCCCAAGCCAAAAAUGAAGCCCAUAAUUCACAAAAGCAAUGCACUUUACCAAGACGCGCUCGUGGAAGAGGACGUAGAUAGCUUUGUUAUCCCCCCGCCCGCCCCCCCGCCCCCGCCGGGCAGCGUCCAGCCCGGGAUGGCCAAGGUGAUCCAGCCACGGACCUCCAAGUUGUGGGGCGACGUCCCAGAAGUCAAAAGCCCGAUUCUCUCAGGCCCAAAGGCAAAUGUGAUUAGUGAAUUGAACUCAAUCCUGCAGCAGAUGAACCGAGAGAAAUCGGCAAAGCCGGGGGAAGGACUGGACUCGCCGAUGGGAGCCAAGUCCGCCAGCCUCGCUCCAAGAAGCCCAGAGGUCAUGAGCACCGUCUCAGGUACACGGAGCACGACGGUGACCUUCACCGUGCGCCCCGGCACUGCUCAGCCCAUCACCCUGCAGAGCCGGCCCCCCGACUACGAAGGCAGGACCUCAGGAACGAGACGUGCCCCCAGCCCUGUGGUCUCGCCGACAGAGAUGAGCAAGGAGAUCCUGCCCGCCCCUCCGGCCGCAUCCGCGGCCUCGCCUUCUCCCACCCUCUCCGACGUCUUUAGCCUUCCGAGCCAGCCCCCUUCCGGGGACCUGUUUGGCUUGAACCCCGCAGGACGCAGCAGGUCGCCAUCGCCCUCGAUACUGCAGCAGCCAAUCUCAAAUAAGCCUUUCACAACUAAGCCUGUCCACCUGUGGACUAAACCAGACGUGGCCGAUUGGCUGGAGAGUCUAAACUUGGGUGAACACAAAGAGACCUUCAUGGACAAUGAGAUCGACGGCAGCCACCUCCCAAACCUGCAGAAGGAAGACCUGAUCGACCUUGGGGUGACACGCGUCGGGCACAGAAUGAACAUAGAAAGGGCUCUGAAACAGCUGCUGGACAGAUAAGGGCGGCCGCCCCGACC